AUGAGCUGUACGUCACUGAUUAUGUGUGUUUUGCAUAUUCCCAACGCUGUCUGAAGCAGCAUUUACUGACAGGCUCAAAAAGAACAGCGGUGCGACAUCCUGCCAAGAAAGAGCGGUUCAUUGCUGCUGUAGUUACUCGUCGCUGUCCUGCUCACAAAGCGCAGCUCUGGUAUUCAACUUGACCUGACCUGGUGUAAUCCACAAAGUCAUUGUUGCUUUGGUCGACAAGGUCUCGACCGAUCACGUUCAUCUCUCUUCGUCCUCUCGAGGGCUCAUCCGCUCGCGCGACAGUUGCCACAGCGCGCUGGCCAAACCGGGGCAUUAGAAGAAGUGAAUGAUGCGGUGAGAAAGCAUUGUGGGAGGACUCAGUGGAUGACAAGCUGUUCACUGGGAUGUAGAGAGGCGAACAAAAUCGCACGGAAAAGCUCAGGCAAAACUCCAGCUACAGAAUUCCGACUUGUUUACCCUGUACCGGGAGCAGAGGAGCACCGUUGCGCAGUCUUUACGCACAACCAAAGAGCGGACUGUGGGGCGUCUGUCUGUCACCACCAUGUCAGCGGCAACAGCUUCUAUAGCAGAUGUGUCCAGGACUGAUUUUACAAACAAAGAUGACAGCCGUGACCGGAUUAAAUCAGGUCAGCCCCAGGCUCAGUGUGCACCCAUGCCACUGCCAGCCCUGGGCACCCAGAGGAUCAUCCAGGGCAACGGUACCAAUGUGGGCACAGUCAUUUCCCUGCAGUGCCCGGCCAAACACAAACUGAUAGGAAGUGAGCUGAUGUGUGUCAUGGGCACCAACAGCACCCACUGGGUGGGGGAGACCUACUGUAAACCUCUGUCUUCCUAUGGGGACUAUGGUUUCCGUGUGGCUGUGCUGGCAUCCAUUGUAAGCUCAGCCAUAAUAUUUUUCAUGUCCAUGGCCUUCAUCACCUGCUGUUUGAUUGACUGCAUCAAAGAGGACAAAAGGAAAAAGCAGGAGAGGGAGUCAGAUGUGUGGCAGUGGGAGGAGCAGGCCCAACAUCAGGAGGACAACAGGUCUCACUACAGCCAUAAAGGCAGGAACAAUAACAACAACACCCAGGAGAAGGUGCUUUCACUGUGGGACACCGGUAACCCACACAUUUGUGACAACAUGCAAGCCUGCAGAUGUCAUCAGCAGUACGCCUAUGCUCCUGUCUGCACAUAUGGCCCCACUCCUCCGCUUUCUGCUCUCCCCGGCCAUGACUACGACCAGCCUCUUUUACCCCGAAACCCUGAAUCCGCACAGAUCUCUGGUCCUCCACCUCAAUACUUCGGACCUUCUCAGUUGUCCUGUCAACCUACUGGCCCAGGCCUGGUCCAAAUCUCAGCAGUAGGGCCUGGUUUGGUGUGGCAGUAUGGAGGACAGCAGAGCAGUUUGUCAGAAUUGAACCCAUCAACCACAAAUGAGUCCAACACGAGGAAUAUAAACUCUGCCAAAGAAUUUUCCAUACGGAUUAUAUCAGUGUGAGGACACGUUACACAGGAGGUGAAUUCCAUCAGUCAAAAACUUGUUUACUGACCAAAUAUGUACAACAGUGUCAACUGUAUCGAUGAGGACUGUGCACAAGGACUAUGAGAAGUUGUCAUGAUUAUGUCUGCAGUUCUACACAAUAUGAAGGCUCUAUAGGCAUGCUGAUCUGACAGACUUAUGUGCCUUUUGUAAACUGUAAUGGCACACUGCCCUCUGUCUGAAAAGGGAAGCCAUUGCACUUUCAGGACACCAGCCUUGUUGGAUGGCACUCCCUUGUAAUUAGAAGGUCAAGGCACUUCCAUGCCCUUAAUUGAGCUUUUCAAAAACCAAUGUAAAAUGUUAUGUUGCGGUUAAAGUUAACAAUUAAGGUGUUUAUUGACAUAGUUCAUAACACACUGUAGGCGGCUGAGGUAGGAGUCCGAGAAACUCAUCUCAGGGCAGGAGAGUCCAGUUUGUUGGACGAGGAGAGCAGCUGGAAAGCACUGGCAAGUAUGUAAAUAUAAUUUUUUAAAGAAUGUAAAUAAAUUAAAGACUUCUACUGAUAACGAGUGAGACUGUAUUGCAAUGGAAGGAGUGCAACGGUGUACAUUUCCCUCUGAGGGACGUAUGCAAUUGUUUACAAGUCAACAUUAUGCGGCAGUAGUGCAUUGAUUUUGACUGUGUAAUAAUGUAGCUUACACACAUGAACUUCAAGUGAAAUGGUAAAGAAUGUAUUACUGUGAAGAAAAAACGCAACUUAUCAUUAUUAUUAUUGCCAGGUCUAAUUGACCCAUUGCAGUUGUCAUUAGUAGCCUAUAAAUGGAAGAAGGGAAUGAAAUAAAGUGAUAAAUGACA